CCAGCGCCUGCUCCAGCCCCAGCCUGCCUCAGCCCCUGCCUCUGCCCAGAGCCCAGAGCAGCCCCAGCUCACACCAGUCCCAGCCCAGCCCUAGCCCCAAUCCCUGUCCCUAUCCCAGCCCCAGCCCUAGCCCCAAUCCCUGUCCCCAUCCCAGCCCAGUCCCAGCCCAGCCCAGUCCCAGCACCCCCGGCAGGAACUCACGUCCUGCCGUCCUGGUGGAGUUUCCGAUGCAGGAAAGCGCGGCGGCGCCGGGCGGGCGGUGGGGCGGCCGUGCCGGAGGCCUCACCAUGGACUGCGAGGCCAAGAAGGGGAAGAAGGGCUUCGUGUCUCCCAUCAAGAGGCUGGUUUUCCCCAAGGCUGCCCGGAGGCCGGCGCUCCGCAGCAGCGUCUACCGGCGGCCGCUGCACUCCGUGCCCCUCUACCCCCCCGACUACCUGAUCGACCCCCAGAUCCUGCUGCACGACUAUGUGGAGAAGGAGGUGAAGUUUUUAGGCCACUUGACCUGGGUGACAUCCUCCCUGAACCCCUCCAGCCGGGACGAGGUGCUGCAGCUGCUGGACACGGCCAGGCAGCUGAAGGAGCUGCCGCUGCAGACGACGCCGGAGCAGGACAGUAUCCUGAGCCUCUCGGCACGCUGCCUCCUGCUCACCUGGCGCGACAACGAGGAGCUCAUCCUGCGCAUCCCCACCCACGAGAUCGCCGCAGCCUCCUACCUGCGUGACGAUGCUCUGCACCUCCUCAUCCUCAAAACCGGCCUGGGAGUGGACCCGGUCCCCGCUGGAGCACACCCCGAGGCGGCCCCGGCCGGUGUGCCGGAGGCUUUCCCCCCCGAGAAACGUCCCGGGGGCUCAUGGCCGGAGGGUGGGCGUCUGGGGGGCCCGAUGGAGCGGCGGCACACCAUCUGCAGCCUGGACUGGCGAGCGUCGCGGGGCGGACAGGAGACCCGUCAGGGCGGCAGCCUGGAGCGGCGGCGGGGCGGCAGCUGGGAGCGGCGGCAGCGCGGGCGGCCGUCGGGCAGCUGGGAGCGGCGGCAGCCGUGCGGCGGCAGCUGGGAGCGGCGACGGGCCGGGGCCGGGGCCGCGGGCGGCAGCUGGGAGCGCGGCACCGGCGGCUUCGGCAGCUGGGAGCGGCGGCACGCGGGCAGCAACCCCCUGGACCCCCAGGAGCCCUGCCCCGACGCCUACUCCAACCUCAUCAUCCUCGCCGUGCCCAACAGGGAUGCCGGCGAGGAGUCCUGUGCACUCAUCUGUCAGGUCUUCCAGAUCAUCUACGGCGACCAGAGCAUCGAGUGUGUCGACCGUGCUGGGUACCACUACACCUCCACUCCCACGAGGCCCUGGCUCUGCAGCAGGAGUGAGAGCUGCCGCACAGACGGGACGUACGCCUACGAUGCCGACUUCAGCUGCUGCAGCUCCUUCAAUGGCUCCCACGAGACCUUUGAAGCGUACUACAGCGGCGCCUCCUCGCCCUCCUUCCACCAGUCCCACCACAGCCUGGCCACAGCCUGCAGCGGCAGCGACCAGAGCGGCGUGGGGCUGGAGCAGCUGCAGGACUACAUGGUGACGCUGCGCAACAAGCUGUCGCCACAGGAGAUCCAGCAGUUUGCCGUCCUGCUGCGCGAGUACCGCCUGGGCACGCCGGUGCCGCAGUACUGCGCCGAGCUGCUGCGCCUCUACGGCGAGCGCAGGAAGUUCCUGCUCCUGGCUGGUGGGGCUGCCCACCAGGGCAGAGACACCCCGAGGCUCACAGCACCCCUGGCAGGAAUGAGGCCCUUCAUCCCCGACCAAGACAUCGGGUACUUUGAGACGUUCCUGGAGAGCAUCGGCAUCCGGGAGGGCGGGAUCCUCACCGACAGCUUCGGGCGCAUCAAGCGCAGCAUGAGCAACACGUCGGCCUCGGCCGUGCGCAGCUACGACAGCUGCUCCCUGCGCUCCGAGGCCGAGUCCUUCAACCGCAUCAUCACGGACAUCACCCACGACAUCGAGGCACUGGCGCGGGAUGAGGAGGAGGAGGAGGAAGAGGACAACUACCUGUGAGGCAAUGCUGAGGUGCCCUCUGUGCUCACCAAUGUGCUGCACCUCCAAGCCAGGGUUUGCCGCGUGCCCAGCUCUGCCCCGCUGCCUGGGAGGUGGGAUACUGCCCCCCUCUGUGUCACUGCAGGAGAGGACACGGGCUCUGUGCUGCCCUGGCAGCUCUCAGCGGCGUGAUGGCAUCGCAGGGCUGCCAUGGCAGUGGGGGAGCUCCAGGCCAGCAACACCAGGUGCUGUAAUUUCUGUAGAUUGCAAUUAAAUGCCAGGCCUGGGAGUGGAGCAGGUUCUUCCCCAGGGAAAGGCUGUGAGGGGUGGGGGGCUGCUCACUGUGCCACUGCUGGCCUGGGCAGCAUCCACCCCCAUGCCACACACAGGUUUGGGUGCUCCUGGCUGUGCUGGGCUGUCCCUGGGGGUUACUCCUGGCAGUGUGGGACUCUGGGGAGCUCAGAAGUGCAGAGGCACAGCGAGUGUGUGCUGUGCUGGGGGGCUGGUGGCCACUGUUGGCCUGCUGCUGCCCGUGCCACUGGCCUGGGGCACCCUGGAAAAACACUUUUGCUUUCCAAAACAGGGGAAGCACUGGGGAAGGCUGUUCCUACCCAGAGCCCCCGGGAUGCUUUCAGCAGGGGCUGCUGGUGUAGUGUCCCCUCUCCUGUGGCUGAGCACCCCAGUGUGAGGCAGAGCUGGAGGCUGUUGUGACACAGCCCGUGGUGUCCCAUCAGUGGCCCUGCACCACCCGUCCGGCUGUUUCACAAGAGGAAGUUGCUGCCUGGGGCCGCGGCUUCCUGCAGCCCCUCCCGCUGCCCAGGGCCGGGUCCUGCUCCCCGCCGGCCUCCUGAGCCUCAGCCCGAGGUCCUGGCCGCUCUCCUCUGGCCAGUGUCCCCUGGAUGAUGUCCCCCGGCCGCUGUCCCUCGGGGGGUCGGUGCUGCAGCCCGCGGCCGGUGCGUGGGCAGCCAGGGGCUGGGGCUACCUCCAACUAGUCAUUUUUUUCUCCUUUAAAAAUAUACAUAUGCAAAUCCU